GGUAGGUGAUCAGUGGUCGUGUGGUGUUCGUAGGGUGAGGUAUGCCACGCGUGGUGCGAUAUCCUCACCAUGAGAUGGAGUUCGCUGCGUACAGGACUCCUCAUCUAUAUCCACACCAACCCUCUGUCCUGCACCGUCUGGCUAUUGACAAGUUCGGCCUGGAUCCGCACCUCGUCCAGUUCCAGCACUACAUCCGUUACUCUGAGCCUUUGGAACUGACCACGUCGUGUCCUCUGGACCUCAGUUUGAAAAGCCAGGCUCCUAUUACACCUCCAUGUACACCAUCGCCCAAAAUCAAAACGCCAGUGGACAUCAGUUCCGUGACUCCUGAAGUGCCAAGUAAGAAAAUCAAGUUAUCCUCUCCCACACCCAAGAAAAACAAAGCCACCAGAAAACUCAAUUUUGAUGAAGAUAAUAGCUCACCCGUUUCGGGUACUAUCAUCAGGAAAUUGGGCCCAGACGAGCAUUUGGUUGUUAGAAAAGGUGAUAUAGAUCCUGCUUUUAAUGUUGUGGAGGUGACUGAAGAGGCCAAAGCAGAGCUAGCCAAAAUAGAGAACCACAUUGGAGAUUAUGUGUGCAAAUUGUGCAAAGAACUCUACGAGGAUGCUUUUGGGUUAGCACAACAUAGAUGUUCUCGCAUAGUCCAUGUGGAAUACCGGUGUCCAGAAUGCGAUAAAGUAUUCAACUGUCCAGCCAACCUAGCUUCGCAUAGACGUUGGCACAAACCAAGACCCGCCAGGGACGUACCUAGCAAAAUCGAAGAGAGUACCAACAUUGAAUCUGAUCUCGGUGACCAAUUUCCUUGCCAUGAGUGCGGCAAACGAUUCAGAAGACUGGCCUAUCUACGGAAACACCAAACGAUCCACCAGAUGGACUGACAACGGCUGGUGCCGGUAAGGCCGAUCCCCCGACUGCCCCCUAACCUAUGGAGACCGCCCCCGCUGCCCUCCAUGUGCGGGGGCGGCGUCCUAGAUUCCGACAGGUACUUCCCGGGACUGUCCUGGAUCGACUUUGCCAAUAACUGUAAAUAAAUUAGAUUUUUAGGUAUGUAUGCAACCAGUUAAACACGUAUGUUGUAUGUUUGGUUGCAUAAUUAGAAAAUGUCCCUUAAAAAUGUUUGCAUAAAAUAGAUUUUUUGUUAUUUUAGAACGGUAGAAUUAGAUAUUCUAACGUAGCUAUUUUUUGCUUGUCUAAAACCUAAAAUUAAGUAUCAUAAUUGGGAGACUUAACGUGUGACGAUAAAUUUACCCAACAUCAAAUUUAACAUUUUUUUGAUGAUUUUGGUGAUUUUGACAUGUCGUAGUUUAAUUUUAAAAAAAAUUGAUCUAAACCAUCCUUGCAGCUAAAACUAAAAAAAUUGGCCCACGUUGGGCGCCAAAAGCUACAAAAUUAUUUAAAUAAUUUCUGUCAUAUGUAAGCGAGUCCUCAACCUAUUUUUACUGCUUCAAGUUAAAUAUUUUUGCAUUGCCACUUAGAAUUUAAUAUACAGGGACUAGUCAAAAUUAAAAAAAAAAGACAAAAAAUACAAAUUUUCCCAGGGUGAUAAAAUUGGGUAGGUAGAGUAAAAAAAUGCGAGAUUUAACAAAAUUCGAAAUUUUUAAUAGAAAAAAUGUCAAAUACGACAGCUAAACCAGUUCGCUUCCUUAUAAUUGUAUACUUAAUUCUUGGUCUCUACUACACCUAUCUCAAAUAAUAAAAAUUUCCAUUUGAUGUAGACUUUUUUGAGCAUACUGUAUAAAAAUAAUUUAAAAUAAUUUUGUAAAUUAAAUUUAGUAGAUAUGAUGUACAUAUAUCAUUUUUUCUAGUCAAAUAUGAGGACGAAUGAAUCUAGUCACAACCUAGUCAUACAGAACAUUCCAAAUGUACAGUUUCCUAGUUUUUAAGUCAGUAUUCACGCUAACGAUCUCACAUAGAUUAGUCUUUAUUUUCACGCAUCACCGUGUAUAUUGAUCCUUCUAGUCGCUAAAUCUAGUCAUCUAUUUUAGUUUAAAAUAGUCUUUAUUUAAGGUUUAAUUACCGUACUUAUUACAUUUCUAGUCUUUUUUUAUCUAUACUAUCUAGUCAUUUUAAUACUUUAGUUUAAUAAAAAAAACAUAUUUUUCUAGUCACUUUAAUAUUACUACCAAAACGAUCGAAAAAAAACGGCGUCAAAGAUGGCUGGGAAAUGACAAUCGAUGAUAAUUUUGACCUGUGUUUAGUUGGCCUGUAUCUUCUUUGUUUUUAAUGGCGCUUUCUGCCAGUGGGCCUUAAGAAGAUUGCAAUUUAUUUUUAUUUGAGUAAAAAUGAUUUUUAAAUGGUGUAGGUGUCCUUUUUUAUUCUUU